CCCAAAUUACCUUGAGAUCAAUAUUUCGUUCAUUCAUUCAUUCAUUUUAGCAUCACAAACCACCAAAAGAAUCAAAGAACCUCGGUUCACUUAAAUCAACAACUUCCUUUUCCUUUAUUCUAUCCUUCAUCUCAAUUCUCAAGCCUUUACUUGUUACAAAGUGGCAACACACAGCUCACACAACUGCUGACAUGAGCUAAUAAAAACACUCCUUAGUCUCUAUCCCUUCUACUCUCUUCUUUCCUUCAUUGAUUGUCGCACCGUUUCCGGUUUCCAAUCAUCAAACUUUAACCAAGAAUCAACACAAACAAAAAAAAAAAAGUUCUUUUGCAUUUGGGUUUUGUUAAAUUGAUAUAAAUUAUCAAAAAGGUUAAGAGAAUGGUACGAAUUUUACCAAUGGCAUCCACUAUGAGACCUUCUCUUAGUUGUUUCAGAUUUUCUUUGAAUACCCGUUUUGGGGUUGUUUCUCCCUCGUCUAUCAAGCCCUUAUCUUCUCUUCAUUUGGGUAAUGCUGUUCCUCAGUUGCAUUCUUUCGGUUUAAGAGCUUCUAGAUUGCUGAGGGAAGGCAAUAGCUUGUCGGUAAAUGCAUCUGGAAAUGCUGCGCAAGCCAGCACUAGCGCGGUUGAAGAAAAUGUCUUGAAAUGGGUGAAGAAGGACAAUCGAAGAAUGCUCCAUGUUGUUUACCGUGUUGGAGAUCUUGAUAGGACAAUAAAAUUCUACACAGAGUGUCUAGGAAUGAAGUUGUUGAGAAAACGUGACAUACCAGAGGAAAAAUACACUAAUGCCUUCCUUGGAUACGGGCCAGAGGAUUCACAUUUUGUUAUAGAGUUGACUUACAAUUAUGGAGUUGACAAAUAUGAUAUUGGAACUGGUUUCGGACAUUUUGGCAUUGCAGUGGAAGAUGUGGCCAAGACUGUGGAGCUUAUAAAGGCUAAAGGUGGAACAGUAACUCGGGAAGCUGGACCUGUAAAGGGCGGCAAAACUGUAAUUGCUUUCAUUGAAGAUCCUGAUGGUUACAAGUUUGAACUCAUUGAAAGGGGGUCUACACCUGAGCCUUUGUGCCAAGUGAUGCUGCGAGUUGGUGAUCUUGAUCGAUCCAUUGAUUUCUACAAGAAGGCUUAUGGCAUGGAGCUUUUGCGGACGCGGGAUAAUCCACAGUAUAAGUAUACAAUAGCAAUGUUGGGCUAUGGUCCCGAGGAUAAAAAUGCUGUCAUGGAGUUGACUUACAACUACAGUGUUACUGAAUAUGAGAAAGGAAAUGCUUAUGCUCAGAUUGCAAUUGGCACAGAUGAUGUUUAUAAAACUGCAGAAGCAAUUAAACUUUGUGGAGGAAAGAUUACACGGGAGGCUGGACCUUUGCCUGGUAUCAACACCAAGAUAACAGCCUGUCUUGAUCCUGAUGGUUGGAAAACGGUAUUUGUUGAUAACAUUGAUUUCCUGAAAGAGUUGGAAUGAUACUCAUGCUGCCCAAAUGUCUAAACUUACAUUACAUUGCUGUAGAUUAUUCCUCUAGUUUUUUUUUCUUUUGCCCUUCCACAGAACGAUUCUUCAUCGAAACAUCUUGCAUAAAUGAUUACAUCUAAAGCCCUUCAAUUUCUUCAUUCGGUUUGUAGAUAAAACUUCAAUUUUCAUAAUCCAAGUGACCUUAAAAUUGGUCAUGUC